AGCCUGGAUGGCCAGCCAACCCAGCGGCCCUCCCUUCACCAUAGAGGCGGCGAUAGGGGCAGAGCUUCGCUCGGAUCCUACAAUAAGCUGAUCCUUAUGGUUUAAAUUCAGACUUGAUUAUGCCUGCGCGAUAGCGCAGCGGGUCAUCUAGUGCUCUUAGGGUUUCCAGGCUGCGCGAGGUGGCCUUCUCACCACCGGCGGCGGGAUGGGCGGCGGCGCGGCGGACCAGGGCCAGUCCUGCGCAGACCCUCCCUCGGAGCCGGCCGUCCUCGAGCAGCGGCACCAUUCCCAUCCUCCUCGCGUGUUGCUACCUCGACACGGCCUGCGGCCGGAAUCGUCCUCGCUGCCGAUCCCCGACGAGAUCCUGGCGGAGAUAUUCCUCCGGCUGCCCACCCCAACGGACCUCAUCCGCGCCUCUGGCGCGUGCGCCUCCUUCCGCCGCGUCGCCGCCGGCCGCUCCUUCGUCCGGCGCUUCCGCAAGCUCCACCACCCGCCUCUCCUCGGCUUCCUCGAUGAACGCGGGGUGUUCCUCCCUGCCCUCCCGCCGUACCCCUCCGCGCCGGCAGACAUCGCGGCAGACUUCUCCUUCUCCUUCCUCCCCGCCCCCGCUCGCGACUGGGUCGUCCGGGACAGCCGCGACGGCCGCGUCCUCCUCGACAGAACCUGCCCGCUGCUCAAAAUCCCCUUUCGGGAGAUGGUGGUGUGCGACCCCUUGCACAGGCGGUUCCUCCUGCUUCCCCCAAUCCCCGACGAUCUUGCCGCUACAGUGGAGGACCCAAUUCUGACGGACACAAGUUCGUCCGAGGCUUUCCUCAUCCCUCGCUGCGAAGACGACGAAGAAGAGACGUCGUUCAGAGCGAUCUGGAUGUCGCAGUGCCAGACCAAGUUGUUCGCCUUUGUCUUCUCUUCCAACACUGGACAGUGGCGAGCUGUUCCUUCUCGGAGCUGGAACGAUUUGCUUGCAGGCUUAUUACCGAUAGGCAGCGCUAUCUUCUACCAUCGCGAAUGCUUGUAUGGCUGCUUUUACUGGAGGACAGGUCGCAGUAUGGAAAUGAAAAUGCUGGUCCUCGACACUGGGAUGAUGGAGUUCUCCAUUGUUGAACCCCUGCAUGAAUUCAGAUACAGCUUGGAUGUAGCCACGGUGGAGGCAGGGAAAGGCAGGCUUGGGAUGUUUGUGCUUGCAGAUGCCAUGUGUAACCUCAGUUAUAGCACUAGGCAAAAUGAUGGUGGUGGGAGUUCUACCCAGUGGCAGAUGGAGCAAACAGUAUCACUGGGUUCUGGGUACUUGUUCAGCAUCAUAGGCACAGCGGAGAGGUACUUGUUUCUGUAUCGGUGGCAAAGCUCAGUUUCCGAUUUUCGUGUUUUCGCAGUGGAUAUCAAAACAUUCCAGCUUCAACAAGUGUGCCAUGUUCCAAAGCUUUGCAAGCUGGAUGCAUAUAUCAACUUCCCACCAUCAGUGUUGUCGCUACCGACAAUAUCAAGUGGUGUUGAGAACGAGGCUGAGGAGACCCUGGAACAGGGCUGCGCUCCAAGUUCAAGCGCAUAAUCACCAUGGUCAGAAUAGCGCUGACACGAAUGCUGAAGGUCAGUCUGAUGCGUGGAUGAUUUGAGAUGGUGCCAAGGCUGCCACAUAACUCAAGACAAUUGACCACUAAGUUGGUCUGCUUUUGCCUCUGUUGUAUGUAUUAUGGUCACCCAGAAGGGUAGAAACCUGGAGCAUUCGUCUUGUAUGCCUCAACCUGACUGUGAUUGGCGCGUUUGUUUUGUCGGAUAAGGUAGCAAGAGCCUGGAUGAUAUUAAGUUUCUUUGGAAUCAUCAGGUUAACUAAGACUCUGUAAGAAAUCAAAGUGAGAUCUUGUUGUACCUGCUAUUGCCACAACCCAGGUGCAGAGAAUGGAGCUGGUUGGGUAUUUGAAA